UCCCAUGCUAAGCAGCAAGCUGGCCUCGGACAGGCCUGAGUCGUUAGCUGAGGCAGACCCUUCUGCCUUCUUUCCUUGGAGAGCAGCAGGGGUUCCAGGUUUCUGGGGACUUGGGCUGUCUUUGCUGUUCCCCUCUGGGACAGAGACUGCUACAGGGUGUGAGUGCAGACACCUCAGAGCCAAGAGAAGUUUCAGUUUCUUUUUUUCUCCUGAAGAGGUUCUCUCUGGGUUUCCCAGAAGCUCAGAGAGGGUUCACCCUGCCCAGAGCCAAGUUCAAGGAGCCUUAGCCUGUGUAGGGGAUGGCAGGAGGAGACAGUGGACUCGGCAACAGGACAAUCACAGAGGACCAGAAUGAAGAGGAAUCAGCUAGCUAUGCGCUCAUGUACAAACACUUCAAAGAAAAUAAGGUGGAAAUUGCAAGCGCCAUUACAAAGCCAUAUCCUUUUUUUAUGAGCCUCCGAGACCAUGGCUUCAUUUCUGAGGAGAUGUUUCAGGAUUGUCAAAAACGUUGUAAGAACCUGAUCUCAGUGGACAGUGUGGUGUACGACAUCCUCCAUGAUGUACAAGAGCGGUUCAGCCUGGAGCUUCUGAGAGUGAUAUUCAGCAAAACACACAUAAAGGCCUAUCCAGACCUAGAGGAGACUCUACGAAACUUCUUCCCAAAUGUAUCUGACAAUCACAGAACUUUUCAGAGGAUAAAUGGAAGAGAUGCUGAAGAGAGGCGCAGACUGCUGGCAGCCUUUAGGAGAGCAUCCUGUAGUAAUGGAAAGUCUCAGAUCAAUGAUGAACAAGCAGAGGUGUUGGCCAGACUGUCACAAUGCAGCAGAGGAGAAGAAAGUAGAUCAUCCUGUGAGCAAAUGUCUGAUGGGCAAGAGCCCCAGCAUGGCUUGUCCUCACCACCAAGACUUGAAGCAGCAUCCUGUAGCAAUGAAAAUUCUCAGAUCAAUGAUGAACAAGCAGAGGAGUUGGCCAGACUGUCACAAUGCAGCAGAGGAGAAGAAAGUAGAUCAUCCUGUGAGCAAAUGUCUGAUGGGCAAGAGCCCCAGCAUGGCUUGUCCUCACCACCAAGACUUGAAGCAGGAGCAGCGCCAUCCACAAGUGAAAAGACUUGUCCCUGUGUCAUGUGUUCCCCAACAUAUAUGGCAGAAGACCAGGAAGCAAGGAUGGGAAGCAGCCAAGAAGAAGCUAUGGACACUAGGAACAACAUUACUGUAGGGGAAUCCAGGAAGAGGAGAGGAAGAAAGAAAGGCCACAAUCAGUCAACACGAAAAUGGAAGAGGCCACUAACUGUAGGCCCAAAAAGUGGCAGCAGAGCUGGUGGCCAGGCAGCUACCAGGAGAAAGAAAAGGAAAAGGACUCCAGGAUGCUCUGCCCGGACCAGGGGUAAAAUGGCUUCUGUGGUUCUUUCUCUUCACCCUCUGAGCACACAGAGAUUUGUUCUAAGAAGGCACAGAAAUACAACUGCAGAUUUCAGUGCUGAGUUGCUUCCCGUGACAUGUGGUAACUUGAAAGGAAUGUUACACAAGGAUAAAUUCAAGCAAGGGACCUCUGUGAUGUCCAUACAAUGUGAGGAUGGAAACUGGUUCACUCCUCAAGAAUUUGAAAUUAUGGGAGGCCAUGAAAGAGCAAAGAACUGGAAAUUGAGUCUGCGCUGUUAUAACUGGCCCCUGAAAUUUCUGAUCGAGGGAAGGACCCAAGACUUCAAGUGAGCUAAAGAAAACUAAACUUCAGUUUGAAGCUGAUCCCAGCAUUCUUGUUCUACUUUGCUUCCUGUGCUGCUAUGAAAAAUACCACAACCAAAAACAACUUGUUGAAGGAAAUGGAUCAUUUGGCUUAUAGAGCAUAGUCCAUUGUGGUGGGAAGCCCAGGCAGGAAUUUAAGGCAGAAAUAUGGAGGCAGGAAUGCAUUCAGACACUACAGAAGAACACUGCUUACUGGCUUGAUCCUUGGCUCCUGUUCAGCUGCCUUUCUUACUCAGGCUAAGUACACCUUUCUAGGGAUGAAAUCACCCACCAUGGGCUUAGACUUCCUAUAUCAAUCUACAGUCAAGAAAAUUUCCUUGCUGGGCAAGGUGCAUGCCUGUAAUCCCAGCACUUAGGGAGGUAGAGGCAGGCAGAGCUGUGUGUGUGCAAGCACAGUCUGGUCUACAAAGUGCGCCCAGGACAGCCAAGGCUAUAUAGAGAAACCCUGUCUGAAAAAAAGAAAAAGAAAGAAAGAAAAGAAAAGAAAAAAAAGAAAAGAAAAAAGAAAAAAAAAAAAGAAAAGAAAAUGCCCUCACAGAAUUGCCUAUAGGCUAUCUAAGAUAAACAAUACUUGAACUGAUGUUUGCUCUUCUUAAUCAUGUCAAGCUGACAACCCACUAACCAGGACUAUGCUAUUAGAAACAGUCUCUCUCAGAUAUGAUUUCAUCAUCUCUCUAUCCAGCAAGUCUGUAUUUGUCCCGGCUACUCCUGGACCCUCAGCUUCCAGAGAUCCUUCAUUAAUUGUGUGAGAUUGGUUCUCUGUGGGGGCAGUCAUAGCACACACCUUUAAGCCAAGAAAUUCUGAGGCAGAAGCAGGUAGAUCUCUGCGUUCAAGGCCUCCAUAGUGCAAGUAAUAUGACCAAGGGUUAUACAGAGAAAUCCUGUCUCGAAAAGGAGAUUGGAGAGAGAGAGGGAGAUUGUUUUAUUUUUCUAUGAGCUUUCUGUCCUCAAUCUUCCUCCCCUGCCAGGUUUUCUAUCCUUGUGUGUUCCACACUCAUCAGAGAAUAUGAUACCCUGUACUCAUGCAACAAGUGAGUGCGGGCUGGCUAGUCCUGGUAUAGAAAGUUAAGCUGAAGUGUGUUGGGUAGGACCAGAGAGGAUGUAAUGGUUGAAUCAGUGAUUCAGGGGGAAAUUCUCAGGGCCUCAGGAAGAUGCACCAGAGAAAGAGGGAUGUCAGGAGGUCUUUCCAUGUGCCACAGUCUUUCAGAUGUAGGUGAGGAGAGGGAGGAGUCAGACAACUCAGAUCUGAAAAGGCCAUAGAACAUCCAGGCAGAAAGUUUUGGAAGGAGGUUGGAAAUGCCAGACUCACACCACUGAAAUACAGAAACCAACAUACUCAGG